AUGAAAGUGAAGAGGUUAUAUGAAGUUACCAGAGGGAUACUUAUUACCUUUGGGAUUAUAAGCAUUUUUUCUCCCAGAAUUUUUGCUUUUCCCUGGUUCGUUGUUUGGAGUGUUUGCCUUGCCAGUCCCAUUUGGAACGGAGCUUUGGUAGCAGAACAAAAGUGUUAUCAAAGGAAAGAUUGGGAGGCUAGUUUCGCCUUGGGCAUACUGAGCAUCACGGGCACCUCAGUGCAAUUUGCUGCUGCCAUUGCAUCUCCUCUCCUUGGCCCAUACUGCUACUGCUCGCUUGCUGAGGUCGCUGGGCCCAGCUACCUGGGUUGUGCGGUCCUGUUCCCCUUGCCCCACGCCGACUUCGCAAACCUCUGCGAAGACCCAUCGCAUUAUAAGUGGUACCACCUCACCCUGCAAAUACUAGACCUGUGCUUGAGUUUGGCCAUAUUCUGUGCAUCUUUAGGUUUUGUGAUGAUUUUUUUGUGA